AUGAAGCUCGUAGCUGUUCGAUCUACUGCUGAUGUCAUGUCAGUCCAACAGAUCCGUCUCUGUGAUCUCUUCCCCGAGAUGAGGCUUCUGUGGAGGGGCGGCUCCUGUGGAAGGGCUAUGAUUAUGCCUUCACCCCCCUCCCUCAGCAGGCCGUGGGUUUGGAUGGUGGUGGUGGUCAUAUGGCUCCCUGGUGCUCUGGAGAAGUGUAUCUUUGAUGAGGUUCAGCAGUCGGUCACAGUGGUCACCACACCCACGGAUCCAGACGGACCUCACCCUAAGACGACGGCCAGUAACAAUGUUGGGCUUCAGACUCGACUUACUGCUUCAGAGGACACAGCUAAUCCUUUUCAAAUUCCUUCAUUUGCGCUUCAACUUUCUUCAUCCCGGAGACACCACAGGAAGCGCACAAGAGAGCUGGCUCCACCCACAAACCAUCCACAGCCAAUCAGGAUCCACACCUGGGUUCCGAGGGAUAGCCCUGCCCUGUCUCAGGUGGAAAGCGAGAGACUGGAGCCAGCAGUCAGGGAGGCUGUGGGCAUCGUGUCCAACUUGCUGUCAGUAAACAGAGUCCCUGGUCAUCUGCUGCUCAGCAGAAACAUCAACAAGUACUGCAAGUUCAUAUGGCGGAACGCCAGCGCUGCCAACUAUAACAAGUGUGGCCGAGCCAAUGAGAACUACAGGACGGAGACCUGUCUGGAUGUCAUUAUCCCAGAUGAUCACCUGAGGGGUUGUUCCGUGUACUCAGAGCCUGAUGCACCAACCAUGACUGUGAUAAGGCCUGAGGGGGCGGGACUUCCUGACACUGACUUCCUACUUUACCUCCACGCGCAGAGCACCGACAAGUGUCGAGCGGAGCAUAUAUCCCAGCCCAGUGUGUUGGCCUAUGCAGUGCACUGCCAGACUGACUCCCAGGGUCGACCUCUGGCUGGAGUGGUGGUCAUCUGUAGGGACAGACUGACUGGGGAGGGAUAUAGCCACCAAGGCACUGUGCAGACAGUGAUCCAUGAGUUGUUCCAUGCAUUGGGAUUCUCCAAAGAACUCUUCAGCACCUGGAGAGACUGCUCCUACUCACAACCUGGGAUGGGCUGCUCCCCCUGGGGUCAGGUGACUAACACAGAUGAGACAGGUCAGGUCAGGAUCUACACCCAAUCAGUGAUCAGAGCCCUGCAGGAACACCUGUUAUCUACUGACCCUGACCUUGGAGGACCACUGGAGAACCUGGAUGUAGGUUCUAGUGGUCUGUCCUCUCACUGGGAGUCCAGGGUGCUACAGGGUUCCAUCAUGGCUGCAGCCCUGGGGGAUCCAGCUGUGGUGCGUGUCGACCCGGUCACCCUGGCCGCCCUACAGGACACGGGCUGGUACUCUGUCAACCACAGCCGAGCACAGGGCCUGGUGUGGGGAAAGGGUGAGGGAGCAAUGUUUGGAUUACUGUCCACCUGCCAUGACAACUCCUCCUCAUUUUUCUGCACAGGCAGUGGUUUAGGGUGUCAUUAUCUUCACCGCCACAAGGGGGAGUGCCAGACUGACGCUCACCUGGAUGGGUGCCGCAUUUACAAACCUCUAAUGAGUGAGUGCUGGAAAGAGGAGAAUGAGAGAGAGACUGAAACAGAGUGGAGUGGAGAGUUGUACCGUAUAGACAGCCGAUGCUUCUUCUCUAACCUGAGCAGAGAGAAUGUCUCCCUGUCCGUCAGCGACUCUGUGGUGGGGCGUUGUUAUAGACACAGGUGUACUGGGCUGAACCGGUAUCAGAUACAGGUGUCUGGCUCUGACUGGUUGGAUUGCCCAGUAGGAAGCACCAUUGAGGUGACAGGUUACAGGGGGCUAGUUGCAUGUCCCGACAAGAGGUUGUGUUAUUACCCUGACAUUGGUCUCUCCAUCGACAACCAGGACCCCCACUCUCCAGCUGCCUCUACUAAAGGCACAGUGACUACUGAGAACGAUCCCCUGUUACAUCAGAACACAAUCCCUGACCCGAGCCUGACCUUUGACCCUGCCGCUACGUGUGCAGAACCAGGGGUCAGUACAGACACCACGUUGGCUGCAGUCCUGGGGGUCAGUGCUGCUGUCUGUCUCCUGGCUGCCCUGAUGGUGGCCUACAGGAGGUACCGCUUUUCCAGAGUCAGGGUGCAUGCUGCCCCUGAGGCCCCCAGUGUUCUGCAGUUGCACUCGACCCAAAGUGAUUCAAAUAACUGCUAAUGGAAACUGGGUGUCCAUUAUAGCACAGUCUUGUGCACGCACUGGUGUAAAUGGUUACUUAAUCAAGUAGGUGGUGUUUGUUCAUUAUUUAUCAGAGGGGGAAAUUGACUAUUUGUUAAGUGUUGAACUGUACAAAUGAAAAAAGUACAAUAGAGUAAAGAGCAAUGCGAUGCUGAGGUGUUCUAAUUGUCCCCUGGAUUUGUUGUUCAACAUGGAUUUAGCUUUAACACUAUGUUAACCUGUAAUAACAAUGAAUUAUGUGAGCGUUUUCUGUGUCUUAUCCCUGUGGUAUACAUUUUACUCAUACAA